AUGGUACAAGAUAUACAACGCAAAAUCAAAAGCGUAGCAAUACAGCGAGUUAUUCGUGCUAAAAAGACGGACGACACGACCUGGACCUGCUGUGGUACUGAUUAUUAUACCCAUGAAGCUAUUGGACGUCAUGUCCAUGCAGACCAUACUGCUGACAUUGAGCAAUGGCAAGAUCGGCUCUGGAAAGAGCGAUUAGAGCAUGAAAAAGAACAACAACAGCAACAGCAACGACGCAUGGAGAGUGAAUUUCGUAAACGACGAGCACCCAAGGGAAGUUCUGAUCCGAUCAAUGUGAACAACUGCGACUGCGACGUUGAGAAUUGCCGAGUCAUUUUAUUCUACAAAUAUGUAUCCGUAGACGAUCCAGAUGCAUUUGCCCAACAACACCAGAAUAUAUGUCAAAAGCAACAGUUGACCGGCAAAGUGCGUAUAGCCCAUGAAGGCGUCAAUAUCACGUUGGCAGGAACAAGCGUUGACAUUGAAACGUAUCUCGAUUGGAUUACGACAACACCACCGUUUAUCAAGGACAAUCUCGCCAAAAUAAAUAACAACAACAACAACCUUACAGAACGACGCUAUCAUUUUUUCAAACCAUCCAAAGGAUGUCGACACGUUUUUUCGGACCUGUCCAUCAAAGUCGUGGAUGAGAUUUGUCCGUUGGGACGACCGUCGCUGGUGGGGUUGAAUCAACUCCAAGCAGCGUCGAGUCGUAUCAAGAAAUUGGAACCACACGAGUUCCAUGAAAUGGUAUUGGCACACCAUGACCAGAACAAGGAGACGGUGUUGCUCGAUACAAGGAAUUAUUACGAGAGUCGGAUUGGGUUGUUUAAAGAUGCAGUGACACCUGCGAUCCGCAAAUUCAGUCGGUUUCCUGAAUAUGUGGAUCGGAAUCGCGCGUCGUUGGAAGGCAAAACCAUUUUCACUUAUUGUACAGGCGGAAUUCGAUGCGAAAAGGCUACGGCAUACAUGCACCAGGUGUUAUCACCCGAUACCAAAAUCCAUAUGCUCAAGGGUGGAAUCCAUAACUAUAUUGAAUGGUGUAAAACACAACGACACGAGGAUGACAAACCUUCCCUCUGGCUAGGCAAGAAUUACGUCUUUGACGCUCGUCAAGCAUUAUCGCUAGCAGACGAUCCACAGUCAGUUAUCACCACCGUUGUCAGUGUUUGUCAAGAAUGCAAAGCACCUUGGGACGUCUAUCAAAAAUGUGGAACGCGCUAUUGUCAUCUUUUGGUGUUGUAUUGUACAGAUUGCACAUCCAAAGCAAACAAGAACGUUUAUUGUUGUUCUGAUUGUGCAAAUGAUAUCCGGGGUGAUGACGGUGUGUGUGGGUGUGAACGGAGACGGCGCGCUGAAGAAAUGAAACCUAUAGCGUCGUCAUUGUCAAAUAGCGAGAAUGGCUUGUAA